AUGGUGAAAUCUGAAGAAAAAGAAAAAGAAGUUGGAUUGAAAAAAGGAACAUGGACAGAAGAAGAAGACGAAGUUCUAGCUGAUUACAUCCGCAAGCAUGGGGAGGAGUCCAGUUGGAACACGGUUGAGAAGGAAUCUGGACUCAACCGGUGCGCUAAAUCAUGCAGGUUAAGGUGGGUAAACCAUUUAAGACCCGAAUUGAAGAAAGGUCCGUUAACCGCCAAUGAAAUAGAGACGAUCGUUCGUCUUCAUGCUAGGAUCGGAAAUAAAUGGUCCCGCAUAGCAGAAAAGGUUCCUGGAAGAACAGAUAACGAUAUUAAGAACUUUUGGAACACUCGAAUCAAAAGUUGUGAGCGUCGUGGCCUACCACUUUAUCCGCCUGAGGUAGUUCAAGAAUUAUUAAAUGAAGAGAAGAACCAAAUGAAUAUGGUACCUACUACUGUCAACUUCAACAACAAUUAUCCUUAUCCUAGUAGUAGGAUCAAAUUCAACAACUAUGACAACUUCAGCAGCAGCAGCAGCCCUUCUUCACUUCUUCUUAACUUUCCUCCUGCAUUAUCUUCUUCUUCUUCUUAUUAUCCUAGGCCUCCUCCUCAUGUUGCUUCUUCUUCUUCAAAUCAUCAAUCACUUCAAUUAAUUCAGCCUCCUCCUAUUGAUCCUAAUGCUUUCUCUUCAUUUCGACCAUCGCCAAAGCUGAUGAUUGACGGUUUUGGAAACAAUACUAGUACUAAUCAUCAUCUUCCUUCCUAUUCUUACCAUGCUUUCCAGCAGGUAGCUCAGAAUUCAGGCCUCCAAUCAUUCCAAUUACCGCCGCCUAGUAGUACUGUUGCUGCUGCUCAUAAUAUGUUCUCUUCAUUUCAACAUCUACCUAAUCUCAAUGAUAUUCAUCAUAACUCAUUAUACUUCCAUUCAUUCCAAUUUGCGCCUCCUUCAUCUUCUUAUGCUGCUGCUGCUACUACUCGGGUGCCUCAUAAUUCAUUUCAAUUUGGGCCACAUCAUAAUCUUCCUUCAUCUUCUAAUGCUGAUGCUGCUGCUGCUGAUGCUUUUCCAGUGGAUCGUAAUCAUCCAGACCUCCUCCCUUCAUUCCAGUAUAAGCCUCCUAGUCCUAUUGUUGACGACAAUAGUUUCUCUUCAUUACAGCAACCACUUGAUCAGAUUAUUGAAAAUAUUGAUCAUGGUCUUACUUCCUCUUCUAAUGAUCCUUUUGAGAUGACUCCUAUUGUUGACAAUACUUUGUCUUCAUUAAAUCAACCACUUCAUCAAAAUUUGCCAUCAUCAUCUUCUCAGAAUUAUUUUCCAGAGCUCCCUUCAAUCCAACCUCAAGAUCCUUUUCAUUUGCCACAAUUCGACAAUCUUUCCCAAUCACCCGCAACCCAAAAUCUACAGUCAAAUUGUAUGCCUAGUCGAAAGAGAACCCACGAUGAUCAAAUGUCAACUUCACAACAGGAGCAUGCAUUAUUGGGAAAGAACUAUUCUGGAGAUACAUCAAAUAUGUCAAUUAGGGAAAAAAUUCUAAACGAAGAAUUACUCGACUCUUUUGCUUUUGGUCAUAACUCGGUGCUAAAUGAAGACGACAAGAUGAGGCCUCCUCCUCCUGUUGCUUCUUCUUCUUCUUAUCCUAGGCAUCCUCCAAUUGUUCCUAAUGCUUUCUCUUCAUUUCGACCAUCGCCAAAGUUGAUGAUUGACGGUUUUGGAAACAAUACUAGUACUAAUCAUCAUCUUCCUUCCUAUUCUUACCAUGCUUUCCAGCAGGUAGCUCAGAAUUCAGGCCUCCAAUCAUUCCAAUUACCGCCGCCUAGUAGUACUGUUGCUGCUGCUCAUAAUAUGUUCUCUUCAUUUCAACAUCUACCUAAUCUCAAUGAUCAUCAUAACUCAUUAUACUUCCAUUCAUUCCAAUUUGCGCCUCCUUCAUCUUCUUAUGCUGCUGCUGCUCGGGUGCCUCAUAAUUCAUUUCAAUUUGGGCCACAUCAUAAUCUUCCUUCAUCUUCUAAUGCUGCUGCUGCUACUGAUGCUUUUCCAGUGGCUCAUAAUCAUCCAGACCUCCCUUCAUUCCAGUAUAAGCCUCCUAAUCCUAUUGUUUACGACAAUAGUUUCUCUUCAUUACAGCAACCACUUGAUCAGAUUAUUGACAAUUUGGAAAAUAUUGAUCAUUGUCUUACUUCCUCUUCUAAUGAUCCUUUUGAGAUGGCUCCUAUUGUUGCCAAUACUUUGUCUUCAUUAAAUCAACCACUUGAUCAAAAUUUUCCAUCAUCAUCAUCUUCUCAGAAUUAUUUUCCAGAGCUCCCUUCAAUCCAACCUCAAGAUCCUUUUCAUUUGCCACAAAUUGAGAAUCUUUCCCAAUCACCCGCAACCCAAAAUCUACAGUCAAAUUGUAUGCCUAGUCGAAAGAGAACCCACGAUGAUCAAAUGUCAACUUCACAAGAGGAGCAUGCAUUAUUGGGAAAGAACUAUUCUGGAGAUACAUCAAAUAUGUUAAUUUGGGAAAAAAUCUCAAACGAAGAAUUACUCGACUCUUUUGCUUUUGGUCAUAACUCGGUUCUAAAUGAAGACGACAAGAUGAGGUCUCCGUUUUUCUCUAAAUAUCUUAUGAAUCCGAGAAAACAUUGGAGUGGAUUGUGA